GUAUCGCGAUACUUCAUCAAACUACGGUCUAGGUCCUUUGUGCGGAGCGGGAGCGGUUAUCAGCUAACACGCAACAGCCAAUCUGCCGUUUUUACAGCCGAUUUUGUUCGAUUGGCAGAAGUACAACAUCCUUGGAUCGAUAUAUGAAAGCGUUCGUACCGUCUGUCAGCCACCCUACAAAGUAACAGUUCAUCUUCUCUUCCUCACCUGCUGACAGCUGGUUUCUCUCAGACGACAGCGAACAUCCAGAAUCGUUCCCAUGGCGUUAAGACGAGGACACAUUCGGUACCUGAAGGUGUGUGAGGUCCAGACGUCUCAGAAUGAUGUCAGAGAUGGUCAGCACGCCUCCAAAGGAGCCUCUGGAAAGGAGCUGUACGACAACGGGUACUGCGAGCAGAUGAUGGAGGACGACGACUCCAGGACCAACCUGAUCGUGAACUACCUGCCGCAGAGCAUGAGUCAGGACGAGCUGCGCAGCCUGUUCAGCAGCGUGGGCGACGUCGAGUCCGCCAAACUCAUCCGGGACAAAGUAGCAGGCCACAGUUUAGGUUACGGCUUUGUUAACUUUGUUAACCCUAAUGAUGCAGAGAGGGCUAUCAGUACCCUCAAUGGCCUGAGGCUACAGUCUAAAACUAUCAAGGUCUCGUUUGCGCGGCCGAGUUCGGACAUGAUCAAAGACGCAAACCUGUACAUCAGCGGGCUGCCGAGGACGCUGAGUCAGCAGGAACUGGAAGACAUGUUCACCCGCUUUGGACACAUCAUCAACUCCAGAGUGCUGGUGGACCAGGCCUCAGGUCUGUCUCGGGGCGUGGCCUUCAUCCGCUUCGAUAAGAGGUCCGAGGCCGAAGACGCCGUCAAGCACCUGAACGGGCACACGCCCCCGGGCAGCGCCGAGCCCAUCACUGUCAAGUUCGCCGCCAACCCCAAUCAGGCCCGCAACUCUCAGAUGAUGUCGCAGAUGUACCACGGCCAAUCGCGGCGCUUCGGCGGCCCCGUUCACCACCAGGCGCAGAGGUUCAGGUUUUCUCCAAUGAGCGUCGACCACAUGGGCGGAGGGGGCGGAGUCUCGGGGAGCCCCUCCGGCGGUUGGUGCAUCUUCAUCUAUAAUCUGGGCCAGGACGCCGACGAGGCGAUCCUGUGGCAGAUGUUCGGGCCGUUCGGUGCCGUCGUCAAUGUGAAAGUGAUCAGAGAUUUCAACACCAACAAGUGCAAAGGCUUCGGUUUCGUCACCAUGACGAACUACGAGGAGGCCGCCAUGGCGAUCCACAGCCUCAACGGAUACCGACUGGGGGACAAAGUCCUGCAGGUUUCCUUCAAGACAAAAUGAGUCUCCCAUCAGACGAUUGACAGAUCUCUUGGCCAAUAAGCACGCAGGAGGGGUGUCCUGGUCACAAACAGUUUGUGUUUGAACAAACAUAUUUUAUUUCAUGUUUUUACAAGUUGCUUUCAGGUAAAAACCACCUGAAGUACAGAAGCUUUUCAGAUGUGUAGUGAUCCGUGGUUUCUCUUCGGUAUUUUCAUUUGUAUUCUGUUUAAGGAUUGCAGCUCCAUUGUGAUGUUGGACUGUUUAAUCACCAAUAAAUCUGCUCCUAUACAACUUUUCUGCAUAGUAUUUGUAGUUUUUUUGGGGGAGUUUUUACUUUACUUAUUUAAAAAAUUUAAAGAAAUGUAUCUCCGGAAGGUUAAGUCCCCCCCCCCCCCCCCUUUUUUUUUUUUAAAGAAAUGUGAUCUGGCAGAAGUCUUAUUAACAAAUAAUUAACCGGGAGGCAGCGUAACAAACAGGUACGCACAAUGGAGUCGGCUCUUUGGCUUGUUUUCCAUCUGGGAUUCUUCUGUAAACCUUUUCUCCAAGAGUUGUAUCCAUGUUGUACUAAUGUUUCUCCCUUUUGAGAUAUUAAAUCUGUUGAAUCUGA